AGCCAUGGCUGCUGCCCAAAUGAGUUUCGUCUCUUCCUCACUCUCCUUUCCUUCGCAACAACGUCCCUCGCUUCCCACAUUUUGCAGAGGAAAACUCUCAUCAAAAUCGAAUAGCUCAAUUGCGAUCGUAACUAGCUCAACAUAUAGAGCGAGAAAGGCGCGAUAUGUUUCGCAGCGGCCUCUAACCAUUUUUAUGAAUCUUUCUACAGCAAACCCAGAAUGGGCCGCCAACGGGAAAAUUCCAAGAUGGUCAGAGAGCUCUAUAAGAUCUUUCUGUCUAGGAGAGUCGGUAGCUCGCAAGGUGCGUUACCCAAGUCUUGGUACAGAAGCUCUUCUCAUGGGUAUUUUGAUGGAAGGUACAAGUCCUACUGUCAAAUUUCUACGGGCUAAUGGAUUUACUCUUUCUAAAGUUUGGGAGGAAAUGAUAAGUUUGAUUGGACUGCCUAGUAUAUGGGAUACUAAAGUUGAAGCGGAAAUACCAGUAUCUGAAGAUGCACAGAAGGCAUUAGGUUUGGCUGUUGAGGAGAAGAUAAAAUUGGGGUAAAGCGAUGAGGUGACAAGUUGUCACAUGUUACUUGGAAUUUGGGCUCAAAAAGGCUGCACGGGUCAACAAAUACUGGCUAAUCUUGGCUUUGAUGAACAGAAGGCCAAGGAACUUUCUCAGAUAAACGAAAUGGUGAGAACAAAAUAAAAAAGCUCCUUUUCCCCUACAGUAUCCAUUUUGGGUCACAAGGAAUAGGAAGGUCUAUGCAUGCACAUUUUGGUUUGUAGUCUUGAUCUUGAGUAGAAUUCAACAUUCUUCCAAUAUUCACAGUUGCUGAUCCAAU